AUGAUAUGGACAACUCCUGCAAACGUCAUGCCAUGGGUGGGAUUGUAUAUUUGCGUAGCAUCUCUGGUUUGCACUCUAGCAAUGGCAGCCGAUGUCUUCCGAGGCUUUCGACAACGGAAGCUCUGGUUUCCAUGCAUAUUUUUUACCAUCAACUCUGUUUCGAUUACAGUGAUAGCAAUAUCAACAAAGCUACCAAUGGAUCUAAGCACCGACAAUUCUGACAGACUAGGGAUUGGAGCAAAGUUUGUUAGCAUUAUGUUCUUUGUCACCAUGUUAGCCAACUUUCUCCCUACUUUAGGGCUUAUGAAUGACAAGGAACUUCGUUGA